AUGAUCAUCGGUCGUUGUCAGAUGUGGGUGUUGGUAGCAGUAGCAGCAGCAGUAGGGGUGUCAGGGUCGGAGACCACACCCCGAUCCGUGGCCCAGUCCCAGACCCUCCAGUCCCUCCACUGCCCGCCCUGCGACAGGAUCCACUGCACCCACCGCCGGGCCCUGAAGCUCCAGUGUAAGGGCGGCCUGACCACGGGGGUGUGCGGCUGCUGCCCGGCCUGCGCCAGGACCGCUGGGGAGAGCUGCGGGGGGACCUGGGACUACCUGGGGAAGUGUGACGAGGCGCUGCUGUGUGUCUACCAGGACUCUGUCUCGGCUGCUGAGGGAAGACCAGACGCAGAGGAGCGUAAAGGGAUCUGCAAAGCAGGUAGGAUACACUGACGGACAACAGUCCCCCGCCGCCAUGUUAUACAAUGCACUCAUCUUAUGGUGAUCACAUCUGUGCAGGACAAUUUGGUCACUAGAAGUGGGUUGAUUACAGUAACCGCAUUCACUAUAAGAAGAGUGCACUGUGGUGAAAUCAAGGAGGAGAAUGUCCUUGGACCUAUAUGAUAGAACAGUGUCACUGCAGGGGCGCAACUUUCACUGGGGACGGGGGAUUUUUGUCCCCCCCCCCACCCCAAUUUUAAAAUUGGAGUGUGAUACAAAACGAGGCAAUGGUGUGCUUUAGGACCAUGCGGACACCUCCGAGCGGUCGGGUAGGCUGUUUGGAGCGUUUAUCCGACUGGAUUAUUAUUUUUUUUUACAUGUCCCCCCCCCACACACUUCUAAAAACCAAAGUUGCGCCCCUGCUGAACUAUCCAUGAUGCAUGAUAAAAUCUCAUUGGUUUUGAAUGAGAAGCGCUGCAACUGUGCUUCAGAAUCACGGCCUGCUGCUCAUACACGGUGGCUGACGUGUAAUGAAUCAUUAAAUUAUGCAAAUGUUGUUUUUAAUGCAAUACUAAAUCAGGUAAUACAAUGUGCAUUUGAUACCUGACAUGUAAUCAAUUGAGCUGUGAAGACGUACGCACCAGAAAUUGGCCGUGAUUAUUGCUAUUCUUAUUUUACGAGCUGUGAAAAGCGAUAGUGUCGGUUAAGGAAUCCUUUGAAUCAAAGACACUUUCUCCUGUUAACCGUUAACACAUAAUUACACCUGUUAUCUAGACUCAUGGUGAAAUAAAUGGUCCUACCUGUUGUCUAGACUCAUGGUGAAAUAAAUGGUCCUACCUGUUGUCUAGACUCAUGGUGAAAUUAAACGUCCUACCUGUUAUCUGAAUUCAUGGUGAAAUGAAUGAUCCUACCUGCUACUAUCGUCUGUAUAGUUAAAGGAUUCAACUGUUGUAGAUUCUCCUAUUUAAUAUAUCUGACAUCACAGAAAGAUAGCAAAGUCUGACCACUAAAGAUCGCUCUAUAUAGGAUGGAUGCUCAUAGUGGUCACCUUUCAUUGUUUUACACACUACUAGUAGUAGUAGUAGUUUUACGAGCUUGGCAUGAAUAGUAAUGUAUGGAUUAGGUUGUUUACCUUCCUUUGUCUCAUAAGCUGUUUUUUUCCUGGCAGUGCUGGAGACCCUGGAUGUGGAGUCCUGUCGCCCAGAAUGCACCUGGGAGUACUGUCAGGCCAAUCCUAAUGAGGUGUGCUCUGCCAGGUGGGUGAAUAUAUCUGGACUGGGACAUCUCAGUCCGAACCCACAGUCCAUUCCCUCUCUCCCUCUCUCCCUCCCCUGUUUUCCUGUUCUGGAAACACUUUAAGAAUAAUUCUCAAAAGUUGGGGUCAAUUCUAUUAAAUCUGUCAGAAUUUUAAUUUUAAUUGACCCCCCCCAACUCUACCUCUCAGUUCCCACACAAACUCCUUUUACUCUCCUCACUUGCCUCCCAUGUUCUACCCUUUUCAUGUCCUUUACAAGCUCUAUGGUUUACUCUCUCUCUCCCUGCGGCAGGUCAGUGUCCCUGGAGAAGCAGGAGUGUCAUGGUACCUGCCAGCACACGUCAUGCUUCAGCUGUCUGGUCCUGAGACCCCCUUCCUCAGCCUCCUGCCCCCAGACCUGUGCCCCUUCAGACCCUGCCUGCCUGCACCGCUUUGGGAGGUGUGUUCACAACCACCUGGCCGAGCCCCACCGCCGCCACAACCUCCCCGUCUGCCACCACAACCUACAGGUGAGCUGCAGCAUGCCAAGUUUUCGAACGGACUAAUCAUACCCAGAAUUCUAACUGUAUGACAGCAUUUUCAUGGUGGCAUCUACAUCAGGGUAGCAGUUGUAAAUGCUUUAUAUUUCUUAUAAUGGAUUGAACAUUCACAGCCUUGUUUUGGAAUAAUACAUUUCUUCACCUUUUGAAUUGUGUAUAUCUUUUUCCUCACCAGAGUAAUGCGGAGGGGUAUUUUGUGUGCUUGGUGCCUGGAUGUCCAAAUGCUGUGAACUGA